CAGCCGUCCAACUAAGGACUGAGGGGGGGGGGAACAGGGACGAAGAACUGUCAGUUUCCGAAAUAAAGACAGCAUUUCAAUCGGGUUUGAUAUGGGAGUUUAUCAAAAUUGGGUCAAUAGGUUUUGAGUGUGAUGGCGUCGGGCAGUACGAGCAGUGAGGAGGAGAGGAGUCUGAGGGAGUGUGAGCUGUAUGUGCAGAAACAUAACAUCCAACAGCUACUGAAGGACUGCAUCGUACAGCUAUGUACCUCCCGGCCAGACAGACCCAUGGCCUUCCUCAGAGAGUACUUUGAGAGGCUGGAGAAGGAGGAGGCUAAGCAGAUCCUACAGCAGCAGAAGUCCAACUCUCGCUCCGACUCCCGCGAGGACGAGGUGUCUCCUCCCAUGAACCCCGUGGUGAAGGGGCGGCGGCGGCGCGGCGCUAUCAGUGCCGAGGUCUACACCGAGGAGGACGCCGCCUCCUACGUCAGAAAGGUCAGGGGGGGUCAGCCCUCAGCCAAUCACGCAUCGCUACAGGUUAUUCCUAAAGACUACAAAACGAUGGCCGCCCUGGCUAAAGCUAUUGAGAAGAACGUGCUGUUUGCUCACCUGGACGACAAUGAGAGAAGUGACAUCUUUGACGCAAUGUUUUCUGUUACCUACAUCGCUGGGGAGACGGUCAUUCAGCAAGGUGAUGAGGGAGAUAACUUCUACGUCAUUGACCAGGGAGAGAUGGAUGUGUAUGUGAACAAUGAGUGGGUGACCAAUAUUGGGGAGGGUGGCAGCUUUGGCGAGCUAGCCCUGAUCUACGGAACCCCCAGGGCUGCCACGGUCCGAGCCAAGAGCAACGUCAAACUGUGGGGCAUCGACAGAGACAGCUACAGGAGGAUACUCAUGGGUAGCACUUUGAGAAAGCGUAAGAUGUAUGAGGAAUUCCUCAGCAAGGUGUCCAUUUUAGAGUCUCUGGACAAGUGGGAGAGGCUGACUGUAGCUGAUGCUCUGGAGACCGUUCAGUUUGAGGACGGACAGAAGAUCGUAGUUCAGGGUGAACCUGGAGAUGAGUUCUUCAUCAUCCUGGAGGGUUCAGCGGCGGUGCUCCAGAGACGCUCAGAGAAUGAAGAGUUUGUAGAGGUGGGCAGACUGGGGCCCUCAGACUAUUUUGGUGAGAUCGCCCUGUUGAUGAACCGUCCCCGUGCUGCGACCGUGGUCUCCCGCGGCCCUCUGAAGUGUGUCAAGCUCGACCGACCGCGGUUCGAACGCGUUCUGGGGCCCUGCUCAGACAUCCUGAAGAGGAACAUUCAGCAGUACAACAGCUUCGUCUCUCUCUCCGUCUGAGUCCCUCCAUUCUUCUAUCGCUCCAUUCCUUCCUCCUCCUCCUCCAUGCUCCUUCCUUAACCACGGGGUCCACCAAUGAUCUGCUUUAUUUUCUUAUUGGCCUGUUAAUGUUUCUAACCCUCCACCCAGGGGUCCAGAUCACAUGUCUAUUUACUUAGGCUGAUACUUUGUUGUUCUGGUGUUAUUUUAUCUGCUAUGAAUCCAGAUUAAUUUGAUUUGACACGUAUGCAAUGAGCUCUGGAGGGCAUAAUAUUUCUGUAGUAUUUUAAUGUUAACUAUGAAGGGAGGAUGAGUUGUCUCUAGUGUUCAGAAGGCAACAGGUAGGGAGGGUUCAGACAUGACAGAGAGGGUCUUUUCAGAGCCAGGGUUCCAUUGGGGUUAGAGUUCCAUUACUGAGUGUUCUCUCUGACACUGGGUCAAAACGAAACUCUAGUUAGGAUCCAGAAGACUUUGUAACGUGUGGGCUAGGGACACCAUGGGAGUCUGCUCACAAUGGACGACACCCAGGGGUCAUGAUGUCACAAAUAAAUGUUCCUUUGUGACUUGUAGGGAAGAGAGAAGGAUUGGAACCGUAAAUGUAUCAUGACAUUAAGGAUGAUAUUGUGUCUUGAUAUUCCUAAUGUCUGGGGUAAGUCUAAAGUGGCUUAUGAGAGUGGAGAAACAAUCUUUAGAGAAAUGUUGUUUUGAAUAGAUAUCCACCAAAGGCUGAUCUGUGUUCUUAUACUUAAUGUUUUAUAGUUGUUUUCUGAAACGUUCUGAGGGUACUACUAAGUAGAAGUAGACUGUCUCCAUGCCGACCAUGGAGGUGAAGCGGUGUGCUAUUUUAUCUUUCUAGUUGCUUAUAUAUAUUAGGUCAAUGACAGAACCAUAUUUUUUGCAGUUUGUGAUAUAUAUAUAUAUACACACACACACACACACACACACUUUUGACCAGGGUCAUAGGGCACUGAACAAUGAACUAGCAGGCGCAAAGAAACUUGGUUUAAAAUGAAAAUAAAUAUAUAUUAUAUUAGAUAUAUAUUUCUUUAUGUAUUUAUACAUAUUUAAACCAAGUUUCUAUGUGCCUGCUAGUUCACUGUGUAAGCAUCAGGUCCCAGUAGUUCAGAGGAGCGAGGGUAGACCGAAGUGUCCCAAAUGGCACCCUAUUCACAAUCUAGUGCACUACUUUUGACUAGUACCUUAUGACCCUGGUCAAAAGUAGUGCACUUCCUAGGGUGCCAUUUAGGACGCAUCCUAAAUGUUAACGAUCAGACUGCCUUAUUUUUUUCCAUCAUGCAACAGGCCCAUUGGCUCCCAAUGGCACCCUGUUCUGUAUGGACAAAGGAAGUGCCCUAUGUGGGGAAUAGGGUGUUAUUUGGGAUACAGGAGAUGUACGCUUUCUCUUUCGGAACUAUCCCAGUACCAUGUGGCAUCAAGGGAUGUAUCGUAUUAAAUUAUCCUCCAUUCAUUGGCUGUGUCCCAAAUGGCAUCUUAUCCACUACAGAGGCCUGGUCAAAAGUAGUGCACUUUUAUAGAGUGCCAUUUGGGAUGACUCCAUUGUGUUUCUAGCUAAUAGUGGUUUGUUCCCCCUGAGCUUUUGACCAUGAAGUGGUUUAGAAUAGAGAACCGUAAUGCCAGCCACAACCAUGUUAGUGUCAUAAAGCUGUGGUUUCUACACCAUGAGGUUGAGUCUGUGAUGUUGAGGCAGGGAGUCCCAGAUCCAAUGGUGUGGCUGCUCUUUCCCUAUUGGAAGUUUUUAUAUCUCUCUCCCCCCCCCCCGGUCUUUGGGAUAGACCUUAAACGUGUCAUUGUGUCUGGGUGUGUUCAAAUCCUCCGUUCAGGAAAGGAACAACGGCUUCUAGUCUACUCUGCCUAUUUACUGCUCACAGAAAGCAGAUCUGGGCAGAACAUCAAGUUACUCAAGUCUUAAGAGAUGUUCAGUAUUUCAGUUUGUGCUACACGUGUCCAUUUGCUUCUAAAUAAGAGGUUUUUAUAACCAAUCAUGGUUGUGAGGAAAGCAUGUUACAACUCAACGUUAAUCCAACCUCUCUAGUUCAAUCAAGAAUAUGGAUAGUACUGAUAUCAACCCUGGUGGUUUUAAUAGUAGUAUUUCAUCCUGUGGAUAUUAGAUGUCCAGUGCCAUACAUAACUUCCUAAACACCAGUAUCUUUUCAAAUGUUUUUGACAUGGGAUAUCUCAUGGGAGGUCUGUUUCUGAAAACGUCUGUUGUUUUUCACCCAUUCAUUGAAGUGUUAGUUUAUUAUGCGGAUUCCGUCAGUCUUAUAACUAUCUUUGAGAAGUGCCUGGUUGCGUUUUAUCUACACUCUCUUAGAAUUCAGAAUUAGAACCAAAAAGGAUUCUGGUUCCAUACCAUCAUGGAGUCAAGUGUUUUCAAAUUUUGGGUCUAACAUUUGUCUAACCAUUUUAGUUUGAACCAUUUUGUUGUCUUUUGAAAAACCCAUGUUUGUUCUAAUCCACAACUACAGUAUAUUGUUGUCACCUGGAUGUUUGCCAUUUUGAAUUUUGAUGAAUAUUUUGUAAUGUACUGUAGUAUACCGUUAGAGUAAGACCCUUUCUUUUCUUCAGCCUAACGGUAUCUAAAGUGUUACUGGUGUUAUCUUCAUGGAAUUAUAAAGGAAUCCAUCAAAACUGUGAUGUAUAGAGAUUUGGAUACAGAUCAGUAAUGUAUAGCAUAGUCCUCUGAAAGUAACUGUUGAAUGAAUCUGUUGUUAUGGACAAAUGUGUCCCAAAUGGUACCCAAUUCCCUAUGUAGUGUACUACCUUUGGUGUGUGUCCUGGAUCAAAUUUUUACAACUGAACUAGUACCAGUCUGGAAUGGACACGGCCUUGCUAGGUAUUAUUGGCCGAUUUGAUUCAUUGAUCGACGAUUGUGUUUUAGAUUUGUACUGUUCAACUAUCCUUGGUGUAUUGUUUUGAAUAAAUUACAUUUUGUCA